ACGGCUCUGCUUCCUCCCUCCCCUCCCGUCGUGGCCGCCUCGCAUCGCAAACAAAGGGAGAGAGGAAAAAACUCAUCUGCCCCCGACUCUCUCUCUCUCGCUCGCUAUCCCUUUUCUUUUCUCUCUCCUUCUCGUGGUGUGUGAGGUGGCGAGGUAGAGGAAGCAGCGGAGACCACACGAAUCCCCCCACCACCCUCGCGCCCCCCUCCCAGCGCGGCGCCACCAACCUCGCCUCUCCCGGCGCGCCGAGCGGAGCCGAGCGCCGCCGGAGCCGGCGGCGGGUCUGCGUCAGGUCCGGCCUCGUCCGUCCCGCGGAGGCGGCGGCAGCGCAGCGCGCGCUCGCGGUUGGAGCUUAAUCUUGGUUCCUGAAGCUGUAGUAGGGCUCUGUUAUGGCGGGGUCUGUCGCCUCGGGGUUCUUCCCCACGCCGGGGUCUUCCCCGGCUGCAUCCGCCAGAGGCUCCAAGAACAUGUCUGGUGAAUUACCUGAGUCUUUGAGUGUCCGUGGGAUGGUUGCAAAGCCGAACACGCCUCCCGCGUCCAUGCAAGUCAAGGCUCGGGCCCAAGCACUUCCUAAGGUCAAUGGCUCUAAGGUUAACCUCAAGACUACAGGCUCAGACAAGGAGGAUACAGUGCCUUACACUUCCUCAAAGACGUUCUAUAACCAACUGCCAGACUGGAGCAUGCUUCUUGCAGCUGUCACGACCAUCUUCCUGGCCGCAGAGAAGCAGUGGACCAUGCUUGAUUGGAAGCCCAAGAGACCUGACAUGCUUGUUGACACAUUUGGCUUUGGUAGAAUAAUCCAGGAUGGGCUGGUGUUUAGGCAGAACUUCUUGAUUAGGUCCUACGAGAUUGGUGCAGAUCGUACAGCUUCUAUAGAGACGUUAAUGAAUCAUUUACAGGAAACAGCUCUUAACCAUGUGAAAACUGCUGGUCUCCUUGGAGAUGGUUUUGGUGCUACUCCUGAGAUGAGUAAACGGAACUUGAUCUGGGUUGUCAGCAAAAUUCAGCUUCUUGUAGAGCAUUAUCCCUCAUGGGAAGAUAUGGUCCAAGUUGACACAUGGGUGGCUUCUGCUGGAAAAAAUGGAAUGCGUCGAGAUUGGCAUAUCCGUGACUACAAUUCGGGCAGAACAAUCUUGAAAGCUACAAGUGUUUGGGUUAUGAUGAAUAAGACCACUAGAAGACUUUCAAAAAUGCCAGAUGAAGUUAGAGGUGAAAUAGGCCCGCACUUUAACGAUCGUUCCGCCAUAACAGAGGAGCAGGGUGAAAAGUUGGCUAAGCCAAGGAACAAAGUUGUGGACCCUGCCAACAAGCAGUUCAUAAGGAAGGGGCUUACUCCCAAGUGGGGCGACCUUGACGUGAACCAACAUGUGAACAAUGUGAAGUAUAUUGGAUGGAUCCUUGAGAGUGCUCCGAUUUCCAUACUGGAAAAGCAUGAGCUUGCAAGCAUGACACUGGAUUACAGGAAGGAGUGUUGCCGUGAUAGCGUGCUGCAGUCACUUACCAACGUUUCGGGUGAAUGCGUGGAUGGCAGCCCAGACUCUGCCAUCCAGUGCGACCAUCUGCUCCAGCUGGAGUCUGGAGCGGAUGUGGUCAAGGCUCAUACAACGUGGCGGCCAAAGCGAGCGCAUGGCGAAGGAAACCUUGGGUUGUUCCCGGUCGAGAGUGCAUAACCGCUUCAGAUGUUAAAUACGGCAAGCAUGGGUUCUUAUGGGAUGCAAAAUCUAAUCUUGCCGGGGAUAAAUGGUUGAUUGAAGGAAUUAUUUUGUGCCGGGGAUAAGCCAAGCCGCAUAGCCCAACCUGCAUCUUAUAUGCCACACACACAUUCUGAUUCGGGGACUGCAACGAACAUGGUGGCAGCUUGUUCAAACUGUUUUGGGAGAAGAUGGUGGAAUUUGAGAGCCUUGGGUGGAACGAGGAGCUUCACUGGUGGUACUUCAGUAAUUUGGAGGAUGGAGAAUGGUGGAAUUUCGACUAUGGGACAAGGCAGGGGCUUGUGUGUGGUGAUAGUGAUUUGAGCUGACUGGUGAAGAAGGAAGAAUGCAGGCAGCGGCGGCUGGGAUUGUUUGUGUUUUUUGACAUGUGUUUGGAUGCCGAGCGAAAUGGAUAAAUAAUUUGUGUACUAAGUUAGCCCAGAUGUGUGUGUGGAGGCGAAAUCCUAUCCCUUGUAACAGCCUGAUGAUUUGUACAUUCCUACCUAGUACCCCCCUCUCUUCUCUUGUCUUGUUGGUUGAAUCGAAUCGCAGCGCAGCUCUCCUGCGUUUCCUCC